AUGGGACAAGGACCCUCGAGCCCUAAGCCAGGCUCCCCUCUCUUUAUUGUCUUACGGGACUUCAAACAAUAUCGGCGUAUAGCAGAAGGUUAUGGGUUUCAGGUUACUAAAAAGAAAUUAGCUCUCCUUUGCCAACAGGAAUGGCCCACCUUCGAGGUAGGCUGGCCCCCGGGGGGUACGUUUGACGUCUCGGUGGCCGGCCGGGUCAGGGGAAUUGUCUAUGGUAUACCUGGCCACCCCUAUCAGGUCCCCUAUAUCACCGCCUGGAUUGAUUUCAAACCCCCUUCGGGACCACUACAGGUCCAGGCCCUUUCAAAACUAAGACCAGGAACGGAAUCAAAGACGACCUUUAGCCGCAAGCCUCCCGAAAGUCCUAAGGUUGUCACGCAGCUUACUCCUGUCUUACCACCCCCUGAUUCUGACCCCCUAGAUCCAGCUGAGUACUCCCAGUCCCAGGUUUCAGAUCCACCCCCGUACCCAACCUCAGGGUCUCUGAGCCCCUCAGCCCCUCCUCUGAUAAGUCCACCCCAUACUCGAGCAGAGACUGUCUUUUAUACUCAUCAGCCCACCUGGGAUGACUGCCAGCAGCUCCUCCGGGUUCUUUUCACAACCAAGGAGCAUGACAGGAUUCUUUUAGAAGCCAGGAAGGGAGUUCUGGACCCAGAUGGACAUCCCUCUACUGACCUGGGGCGCCGCAACCACAUCUUCCCUGAGAACCGGCCCGACUGGGACCCCAACACUGAUCGCGGUAGGGAAGCACUGGACAGGUAUCGCCAGUUAUUGCUGGGAGGGUUACGGGCAGCAGCACGGAAGCCAACUAAUAUGUCCAAAGUCAGUGAGGUUAAACAGGGCAAGGAUGAGUCCCCAGCUGCAUACUUAGAGCGCCUCUACGAGGCAUAUCGAACCUACACCCCUAUCGACCCAGAGGAUCCCAAUAACCGGAGAGCCAUCGUAAUUGAUUUCGUAGCCAAUUCAGCUCCGGACAUCCGUCGGAAGCUACAGAAACUUGAAGGUUUUGAGGGUAAAAAUCUGACUGAACUCAUGGAAGUGGCUAAGCGGGUGUUUGACUAUCGUGAAGAGACUCAAGACAAGCAAACUCGCACGGUCGCAAGGGCGGGGUGCCCCGGCUCAAAGUCCGUUGUGACUCUUGACCCCCUGGAGCCGAGGGUUACUCUCAGUGUUGGGGGUCAACCUGUCUCAUUCCUAGUCGACUCUGGAGCUGCGGCAUCGGUCCUGAAAUCCCCACUGGGCUCCCUCUCAUCGUCCACUGUGCAGGUCCAGGGAGCUACUGGACGAAAACAGUCUGUACCCCUCACCACUUCUCGGGAAGUCCGGUUAGGGAAGGGCCUAGUCUCCCAUUCUUUUCUAGUAAUGCCUGAUUGCCCUUACCCCUUGCUUGGCCGAGAUCUCCUACACAAGCUUCAGGCUAUCAUUUCCUUUAAGGGACCUAACCCCACUCUCGGGUUUAACCUGCCACAACUUGUUCUCACCUGCCCGUUGUCAGAGGAGUCUCGCCUCCUCCCCCUAACGUUUUCCCCAGACCGCCCCUCGACCACCUCCACCCCUACCUCCCUAACUCUGUUGAACCAUUUCAAAGGCUUGGUUCCUGGAGUCUGGGCUGAGACCAACCCGUUUGGUCUAGCAGGACACCAGCCCCCAGUGGUGGUCCAGCUCUCGUCCACAGCAACCCCUGCGCGUGUCCAACAAUACCCGUUGACUCGAGCUGCCCUUUUUGGCAUCAAGCCUCACAUCGAUCGACUCUUGGCGGCAGGCAUUCUACGACCCUGCCAGAGCUCGUGGAACACCCCCCUACUUCCAGUUCGCAAGCCCAGGUCUGGAGACUUCCGUCCUGUCCAGGAUCUACGAGAAGUCAACGCCCGGGUGGAAACUGUACAUCCUACUGUGCCAAACCCAUACACGUUGCUAUCUUCCCUGGACCCUGCUCGGACUUGGUAUACUGUUUUGGACCUGAAGGAUGCUUUCUUUUCCAUUCCCUUGGCACCAGUAAGCCAACCUAUAUUCGCUUUUACUUGGACAGAUCCUAACACUGGGACAUCCUCUCAGCUCACCUGGACCCGGCUUCCCCAAGGUUUUAAGAACUCCCCUACACUUUUUGGCUCAGCUCUGGCCUCCGACCUGGCCGCCUUCCGGGUCUCGUAUCCGGAGGUCACUCUCCUCCAGUAUGUUGAUGACCUUUUGUUAGCUACUUCCUCUGAGGCAAUAUGCAAAGAUGCAACUCUCCACCUUCUCCAGCUGCUUGAAGCUUCCGGCUAUCGUAUCUCUGGAAAGAAAGCACAACUGUGCUCUCAAUCCGUUGUUUACUUGGGUUUCACCCUUCAUUCUGGUCAAAGGUUACUGUCUCGGGGGCGUGUAGCUGCCAUUUUGGGCAUGCCCGCCCCGAGGGACCGCCGCGGGCUCCGGGAAUUCCUGGGGAUGGCUGGAUACUGUCGCCUCUGGAUCUUGGGGUUUGCCGAGGUUGCCAAACCCCUAUAUGAGGCCCUAACUGGUGAACCCACCCAAUUUGUUUGGGGACCACGGCAGCAGGAAGCAUUCGACAAGCUCCGAAAGGCGCUGUCCAGCACGCCUGCCCUCUCCCUGCCAGACCUGUCCAAGCCCUUCCGCCUCUAUGUGUCUGAGUCUCGAGCUGUGGCCAAAGGGGUUCUGACCCAGCCCCUGGGGCCCUGGAAUCGUCCUGUUGCCUAUCUCUCCAAGCAGCUGGACCCUGUGGCUUCCGGGUGGCCCUCUUGCCUGCGAACUGUGGCGGCCGUUGCCGUCUUGGUUAGGGAAGCCGCAAAGCUCACUUUCGGGCAGCCUCUUGAGAUUUCAGCAUCACAUCAUCUGGAACAGCUUUUACAUUCCCCGCCGACAAGAUGGAUCUCAAAUUCACGCCUGACUCAUUACCAAUCCUUACUCCUAGAUUCCGCGCGCAUCUCUUUCGCUCCUCCGGUCACACUCAACCCGGCCACCCUGCUCCCUGACUCCCCUCCUUCCUCCCCUAUACAUGACUGCCUGGACACACUGGACUCCAUCCACACGUCCCGCCCUGGACUUACUGAUGUUCCUUUAACAAACCCCGACCUAGUGCUCUUCACAGACGGCAGCAGUUUUGUUCAGGAGGGGAUCCGUAGGGCGGGUACAGCCGUGGUCACUCCGGUUGAGACCCUCUGGGAUACCGCUCUACCCCCUGGCACAUCUGCUCAACGUGCUGAACUCAUUGCCUUAACUCAAGCCCUUAGACUCUCUGCAGGGAGGCGAGUAAAUAUUUACACAGAUAGCCGCUAUGCCUUUGCCACUGUUCAUAUCCAUGGAUAUGUAUAUCUCCAAAGGGGUCUGUUAACCUCGGCGGGAAGGGAGAUUAGGAACAAGAGUCAGAUCCAGGACCUGCUGGAUGCUGUCUGGCUUCCCAAGGAGGUGGCGGUAAUUCAUGUUCCUGCUCACACCCGUGGAACUGACCCCCAGUCUCUAGGGAACGCAGCAGCUGAUAAGGCUGCCCGAGCGGCUGCCUGCAAACCCUUGAUACCCGCUAUGGUCGUGGAACCUGAGGGGAUGCUUCCUGUCCAACCAUCUUAUCAAUUCAGUGAUCCGGAUGGCACCCCUGAAAAGGGGGGAUGGAGAAGACACCCAAAUGGCUUGCUAAUUCUGCCCAAGGCACUGUUGCUACCCCUAUUGAUGACUCUUCAUAGCCUUACCCACUUAGGCGGAACCCGGCUUUACGACCUGGUGAGCCGACACUUCUACAGCCCUGGGAUGAAGCAGGCGGCCGAGGAAGCCGCAAGAAGGUGCCUUGCAUGUGCCAAAGUCAACCCACGAUCACAAUCAAGGAUACCAACUGAUAGACCACGAGGAACAUUUCCUGGCGACCAUUGGGAAGUAGACUUUACUGACAUGGGAACUGGGUUGGGAGGGUACCGUUUUCUCCUUGUAUUCGUGGACACAUUUUCUGGAUGGCCAGAAGCAUUUCCAGUCAAAACUGAAACUGCAACCGUAGUGGCCAAAAAGCUGUUCUUUGAACUUAUUCCUAGAUUUGGCCUGCCGGCCUCGAUAGGCUCUGACAAUGGCCCAGCAUUUGUAUCUGCAACAAUUCGAAGCCUAUCAAAGAUGCUGGGAUUGAAAUGGAAAUUGCACUGUGCAUAUAGGCCUCAAAGUUCAGGGCAGGUAGAAAGGAUGAAUAGAACUCUAAAGGAACACAUUGCUAAACUUAAAAUAGAAACUGGCGAUAGCUGGGUCAGUCUCCUUCCCUUCGCCCUCCUCCGGGCCCGGUGUACUCCCAAUUCCUCAACCCUCUCUUUAUCUCCAUACGAGAUCCUCUAUGGAGCCCCUCCUCCUAUUAUUCCAAGAGUAUCUGCAGCUAUUUCAGCCCCAGAUUUUACUAAUCCGACUCUUCUUAAGUCCUUCCAGGCUUUGCGUGAGGUCCAGAACGCUGUGCGCUCGGUCCUGAAAGCUGCGGGGAAAGAACCAGCCCCUGCAACCUCAUCGGACGCCCUGUCACCGGGAGACUGGGUCCUCACUCGCAAGCUUCCAGCUGGACCAGCCCUGGAACCACGGUGGACGGGCCCGUAUCAAAUUAUCCUCUGCAACCCCUCUGCCGUCAAGGUUGCCGGCCGCAAGGCAUGGAUACAUCGGUCACACAUCAAGAAGGCCCCAGAGCCCAACUCCACCGCCUGGACAGCAGAAGCAGUGUCCGACCUAAAGCUUCGACUCUCCAGAACUUGACUCUUCUUCUCUUUCUUUUUGC